AUGCUGCGCCAUUUGUCCUUGUACUUGAAUGCGCUCUUUGUCUUCUACUUAUCUCUGUCAGCUUCAGUCAGCGCCGCCGAUGAGAAGACGUUGCUCACCGGAGCCUCUAGACGGCGAGGUUACUCCAAGGGGGAGCUGAUGCCCGUCAGCUGCCUGAAUAGAACCAUCGACACUGGAGAGCAUAUCACCGACGACCAUGGGAAUCUACAAUAUAUACCGUUCCCCACGUGCAACGAGACGGGCCAGCCGCUGGCAUUCAAGUACAACGAGCCACAAACGCAGACCUGCACGAUCGAUGCCUUGCCUGAUGAACUCUAUCACCUGCUCGAGUUCUUUGUCCACAGCGAUGUGCCCCUGACUUGUCGCGUCCCUUCUUUCCCCCUGACGCAAGAAGAGCUUGGAAUCACACAGACACUCCCUGAGGCAAGCGGAAAUGGGGCGGAAAAGGGUCUCUGGACCCCGUUUACAAUUGCGUUACAGGGGACCCUUCAGCUAAGCCAUCUACAUCUACACACGAACAUCAAUGCUCUCUUCCACAUGUCCCAGGACCCGGAUUCCCCUCGGGCUUCCUCGCAACAGUCAUAUCUGAUUGCUUCCACUGCGUAUUCCCUUCCCAACACUUCGUCCUCUGCACCCAUUGAGGGCGCUAAAAUUGUUCGCAAUGAGCCCUUGGCGCUUACGUUCAAUGUCGGCUGGAUCGACGGAGCAGUCUUGCCUGGUAUGGUGGGACGGCCCGUGCUGAAGGUGACGGACCACAGCAUUGGGUUCUCGCUGCUAAGCUUCUUCGCUUUGGCUGCGAGUGCUGGUGUGGGAGCCAUGGCAAUGCUGGUCUACGAGAGGAGGAAAAGUGGGAGAAGUGGGAUCUAUAGUAAUGGAAUCCUGGGUGGCAACGUUGGAAAUGGAAUGGCGAGAAGCUCCGGUUACGGAGGGUAUGGCGGAUACACCAGCAAUCUCGGCAAGAGGGAUUGA